AGGACACUCAGCCUGCCAGCAUCAGCAGCCCGGAGGAAGGCUGGCCAAUCACCAGCUGACAUGCUCAGAAAUUCAGGAGCCAAUGAAAUGCCAGCAAGCCCCCUCCACAGCACAACAACUCGGACGCAGAGGCUGCACGAUCUGAUGUCUUGUUGAUGAAUGGAGCGCUUCCUGGGCUGCAUCGCUGCACGUCUCUGCUGCUCUUUCGCCUGAAACGGGAGGAUGGAGAGGAAAAUCAGCAAAGAUGGAGGGAAAAACGGCGCCAAGGCUGUGAGAGGACGGCGAGCAAACCCAGAGAGCCCCGAUGAAAGCUCGGCUGAGGACGAGGCAGCAGCUUUUAAAGGGACGGACUCGCAUCCUGAUCUCCAUCUGUCGGGCUCAUCGUCUCCAUCACCGUCCUCCUCCUCCCCUCUUCCUCUGCCCGCCAUGCCUCCGUCCGUGUCCGCCUCUGCUCUCCUGGCUCUGGCGUCUCCAGCAACCAGGCGGUCCAUCUCCAUGGGAGACUUUCGGAGGGUGACGGGGGCUCUCCUGGCCGGUUCCGAUCCCCCGUCCACUGCUGCCACGGCGCCCUCCUCCAAACUGGUGACCCCCAGCUCCAGCAUGGAGUUCGAGGCGGCGCGGCGGCGCCUGCUGGAGGUGGAGGAGCGGCAGCGGGUCAUCCGGGAGAUGGAGCGGCGGCUGGAGGAGCUCAGGGAGAUGUUUGUGCGCUCCGAGCAGCAGGUGGUGGUUCACGGGGAGCUGGUGUCGCGGAUAACCGGAGCGGCCCAGCAGGGUGAGCUGUACGUGGCGGAGAACACCCAGCGGGUGAAGAAAGGCUUGAAGUUCAAGAAGCAUCGACCCACCAUCGUGUUUUCCUCCAUGCUCGGACUGCGCACGUGCCUCCCCUGGCCUGUGAAGCUCAAAUAAGACGUCAGAUACUUGCAUUUCACACAUGACAUUAGAAAUGUGCUUUACAUUAAAUAGUGAGGGAUGGAGCUCCAUCCAUUAGCUCUCAGUGACACGGCUGCUCUCCACCUUACUGCUCUUGAAUCCUGAGGCUGGUCCCUCAGGGCUUAGAGUGCCUAGACAUCACAGAGGCCAGUGAGGAGCUUCCGGUUCAGCAGAUUUCUGGGAAAAACUCCCUGGCUAUAGCUGGCACCAGUGUCGUUGUGUCCUAGUUGUUCUCACAGAUUGUUUGCUGCUUGCAGUUAUUGUCAGUGCUUGCUUUUGAGAGAUUCAUGUCAAAUUCAUGAUGCACAGAUAAGUCAGGGGGAUGUGGGAGGUGAGCUUCACUCUGCUCUCCUGUCAGGAGGUUCUGCUGCACUUUAACUUCUGCAGCAGUGAGGAGGCUUUAACCGGUAAGCUUAUUGAAGAAGUGGCAACACAACAGUGUAGAUCGCUGAACUAUCUGCCUCUGCAGCUCAUUAAGGGCGAAGUGAAGGACAGGAAGGUAAGAUGAGACGUUUGCUGCACUGUUACAUAAAACUGAUGCAGACAGAUGCAGAAAUAGAAAAUGUAACUGUGGGAAAUGACUGGGGGAAAAAAAAGUGCCUUGGCUUCUCUGAGACUGCUCAUCCCACUGUCAUAGCAGCAUUAAGAAAAGACAGUUAAUAAGGGGAAACAAAUCAUGCUGGGACACUUCCACCUGUGGCCUCUUUUUAUCCUGUCACCUAGCAGCCAUUUAUCCCUCCAUCCUAAAUCCUCUUCCACAAAAAUGCAGAAUGUAUCCAGCUGAGAGCUCUGAUUACACUACUGUGGCAGGGAUUUAGUAAAACAAAUGAUAAACAUCAAGAUUUAUUAUUAUUAUUAUUAUCAUAUCCGCUUCUGAUGAUCGGGGGUUAUAUUUGAGUUACUCAUGCAUGCAUCAGCUUGUAAAUCUUAGCUAUGCUAUCUCUGCUGUCUUAAUGAAGAACAAAAGACGAUGUUAUGAGCUACAGGUUUGCUUAUUAGAACGCAAAUAUAACUCUAAGUGCACAAAGACCUCGCUGAUAUGAAAUUAUAGUGGUAAUUGCAGGUUUGAACAAUUUAUUCAAGGGUUUAUUCACAUCAUGUUGCAGCAUUAUCUGUUAAGCGCAACACAUUUGUCCCAUAAUAUAUAUAUAUUUUAAUUUCUAUGUAUGGUUUUGUCUUUGGAUUAAUGACUUUUUGCAUUGUGUUUCUCUCCUUUGAUCUGCACAGGUAUUAAUUACAUCAGGGAUGUCUCGUUUGGGCAUUAACAGGUUAUGGUAGUGAUCCACACUCAGUCAAGGUUCACUGUUUGUUUGUCAGGGUAAAAUGUCCCGACAAACACCCUUUUUUCUACAACAACACAAUCCCUGAUGGUGCUUUGUUACAAAGAACCAGCAGCAGGGAGACACAAACUUUGAUUGUAUCAUCACUUUCGCUAAAUGAUUCACUCUGUUUGUGAUUUUUUUUGCUUGCUUGCACAGAUUUAAUGGAUGUAUUAGAAGCAUCCAUUGUAUGUACUUUUAUAGAGUAAAGAAUAACAGAGGAAGACACUAACGGGAGACCAGGUUGCCUGUGUUUGACAAAAUGCAUUUCUAAGAAACCUAUGAUGCAUUUGAAGGAUGUGAAGACUCACUCCAUGAGGCUGGUUCACUUCAGUAGGAGCUGGAUUUGGGUCAUUGCUAAUUUUGACUUGAAGGGCUUAAAAAUGGAGUUUGUCUGUGUUGCUUGGAAACACUUAAAGGAGCAUUCUGUCAAACAAUUUAUUCAUAUUGCAGAUCUGAGACUUUUUCAGAACAACAGUAAAAGAUACAAGUAUUUCCAUCCUGACUGAUAUUUUAAAACAAUGACACAGCAAAAUUUUGUAUUUAUUUUAAUUAGUUAUGUGUUUUAUGACGACAAAAACAGCUAAAAAAAAUCAAUUGGUUCUGCAUCCCAGCCAACAUGUGCAUGUCUGCCUAUUAUGGGUUUUACUCUGGUUGGACGGACCGUUUAAAUACAUUUUUAUUGGCAAUCCUGUUGGACAUGCUAUGCAUGCUAUCGCUUAGUCCAAAAUGAAUACAAAGAAAAUCAAUUAUCUACAUGGGUCCUACUUUUUUCCCCAGAAUUGCCUUUUAUAAAACCUAUUUCAGAAUUUCUCUGUAACCUGUGAGAAAUCUUAUCUGGCAACUCAGAUGCCAUUCAAAUACUUACAGGGAUGUUUGGCUGAAAGAGUUUUUCAGUGUUCGAUGCAGUGAUGAAAUGUUCUGAUGAUUUGUAUACAAGUAGCCUGGUUGUCCUCAUUAGUUUGAACCAGGAAGUUACUCACAUUCUCCACUGCACUUCACUUUUCUAUAUGAAGCAAAGACUGCAUAAGAGAGAAUUUAAAAGUUACUUGUGGUUUUAACAUGAGAACUGUUGUGAGAAAUAGCUGGAGUGCCUCUUCAUUCAAAGAAACUUGCUCAGACCAAAAGUUUCUCUUGACCUACUGAUAGCCACGACGUCUUUCUCCUUGAAUGUUGAUUAACGCCAUUUAGCGAAGCAUUACACAUGCCCAAAGUAAAAGAAAAAAAAAAACUUUCUGGCUUUGUGCACAUCUAUACCAAACAUUAUUGUAGAAAGGUUUUAUUGAAUAAAGAAGUCUGAAACAUGUAUUUAUGCUCCUGUAUAUAUAGAGCUACCUGUACAUACAGUUAGCCUGAUUUGCUGUUUGAGAUAUUUCUAUUUUGGUGUUUACAGAAAGGAUGGUACUGACACAAACAGCCAGACAACAUUUACAUAUGGGCCCCAUAGGGGGAGAAAUUGACUGAACAAUGGGUCAAAGGUGGGAUUGUAUCCAGGUUACACACUGACUUCAUUUUAAUGUUUUGUUGUAAAAGAAUAUUGGAAUCAAUGUGGAUUUUCUUUAUUAAGUCCCACAUGGGGGCCUGAAUUUUAUGGCCUCUGGUUCCAAGUGGGUUCAGACUCACAACUCAGUCUAAGCAAACUUUCUAUAGGGCCCACAUAUGCAUGUUGACAGGGAACGAUCUUUCUUUUUUUAACCUGAGUGGGACUAAAUAACUCAGUCAUUCUUUGAUGUGGAAUUGCACUUUUUAUUUUCUGAAUGGAAAAAACUAAACAAAACACAACAUCCAAAGAUCUCGGGACCCACUUGCAGAAUGAAUGUAAUGUUGAUUGUUGGGUGUUUUUGUAUUUUUUCUGAACACUGGAAAUGGAAAUAUUGCAAUAUUUCCAUUUUGAACCUGUGGCUAGCAUUUACUUUGAAGAAUUUGGAAACUGUUAGCACAGCUCUAGCGUGUUUAGCCCUUUACUCACAUCAACACUGACUAGCCACAGGCUCAAAACCACCUUUAUGAUGUUUAGCACUUGAACGUUUGAAUAAUUCAUGUUUACUUAUGCAUACCAGUUAUUUAUUGCUUUAUAAUAUGUGUGAUAUUCUUAUGGUAUGAUUAAAAGCUAUAGCUUUUUUCCUCAGUUAUUAAUGACUAUGUGAAUACAAUUAGAGCUUCACACUUCAGCAUCAUCUGUUUUUGAUGAAAAAAGCUUUAUGAUAAAAUGUUAAUUCAUGUUCUGCUUUGGGUUCCUGCUUUGUUUAGUUUGCAACUAUAAAUUUCUGCACAAUUAUUAAAAGACUCCUCUCAAGCUCA